AAAACAAGGAAGGAAUGAGAGAAAAGUUUGAGUAUUUGUGCCCUCUGCUGGACACUUUGGGAAACGCAUAUACUUCUACUAAUCCGAAUAGCAGUCAUUUUGUGAAAAUUUUAGAAAUUACAUUUACUAAAACUGGCAAAAUAACUGGAGCCAUCCUUUUUACAUUUUUACUGGAAGCAAGGCGACUUACGGACAUUCCAAAGGGUGAAAGAAAUUUUCAUGUGUUUUACUACUUUUAUGAGGGACUACGAUCCGAGGGAAGACUAAAAGAAUUUGGACUAGAAGAAAAGAACUACCGUUACCUACCGGAGUUAAAAUCUUCCAACUCCUCAGAGUAUGUUAAAGGAUAUCAACAGUUCUUGAGAGCAUUAACUUCUUUGGCUUUUACAGAAGAGGAAAUUUUCGCCAUUCAGAAGGUAUUAGCAGCCAUUUUGUUACUAGGAGAAACAGAGAUUCAAAACAGUGCAGCAUUUAAACUUUUGGGUGCAGAAUCAAGCGAACUAGAGAACACUUUAACUCAAGACGUCAAUGCACGAGAUGUCUACGCUCGAGCUAUGUAUCUCCGUUUGUUUUCUUGGAUUGUUGCAGUGGUGAACAGACAGUUAUCAUUCUCGCGCCUUGUGUUUGGUGACGUUUAUUCUGUGACAGUAAUUGACUCUCCUGGCUUCGAAAAUGGACUCCACAAUUCCUUGCAUCAACUCUGUGCUAAUGUUAUCAGUGAUAAUCUACAGAAUUAUAUUCAACAGAUCAUUUUCUUUAAGGAACUGGAGGAAUAUGGGGAAGAAGGCGUAAAUGUUCCUUUUAACUUAGAAGGAGGGGUUGACCACAGGACUUUAGUGAAUAAGUUGAUGGACAGUGGUCAAGGUUUACUAACUGCUAUAAGCAAGGUGACACAAUACCAAAGAAAAGGAGAAUCCGGAUGGAUGGAGAGUCUUCAGGAAGCAGACUCUGAAGAAUUGGUUGAAUUCUCUAAUGUAAACGGAAAACCUAUCGUUUCAGUAAAACACAUUUUUAGAAAGGUAUCUUAUGAUGCAACAGACUUGGUUAAGAAGAAUGUCGAAGAUAAAACGAGAGCUCUCACGUCAACCAUGCAAAGAUCUUGUGAUCCCAGAAUACGAGCGAUUUUUUCUAGCGGUGUUCCUGAAGUACUACUCUGAGGAGUAUCUCUCACGUAUUUACGAAACCCACAUCAAAAAGAUCGUCAAGGUUCAGGCCAUUGCCAGGAAAUACUUCGUCAAAGUUCGCCAGUCUAAGACCAAACCACACUAGAUAUCCUGUGUUGUUACAGUUGCGCCGUUUUCUUAGUUUCUACUAAAAUAUUUAAAAAACAUCAUGUCUUUAUCUGUACUUCUAUGCUUUCUGAAAUGAAAUUUAGCAAUAUUUUUCAAAAGAUUUGAAAUUUGAGGUUCACGUCUGUUUUUAGCAUCAUCUUCCAAAUCUUACAGUAACUAAUAAAAUUGAAUUAGACAAACGUAAAUAUAUAACUUUAUCGUCUAUCCUAGAUUAUAUAAUAAACAUAUUUAUAGUAUUUGAAUUAUUAAUAUUGUCGUUAGCUUUUUAUGUAGUAUUAAGAACAAGACUUAAGUAAGGGUGUGUAUUAUGUAAUUUUUGUGUUGAUGAGUAAUAAAUUAGGUUUAAUUAUGUAGUACAUGGUAAAAUAUAUACACUUAAACUGUUUUAUUUCAGUACCUAAUGUUAUAAUAUGAAAUGAAAUAAAGCAGUCAUGGUAGCAGUGGCUGUUUGAAAUAAAGAUACAGUAAUUAGGGAA